UUCACGUCCAGUGUAACAGCUAAGCAAACAGGUCCCGCCAUUCCAGACGGAGGGGCCACUGAUCCAGAGGCCCUCAUUGGUCCACAGCGGCUUGAAAGGCUCCAUUGAGCCCAUCUGGAGGAAUUUGGGGUUCUAACGCCACUUUCAGGAGGAGGAAUUUGUGUAAUUCCGAUAAACAGCUGACCACUCAUUUUGCUCGCGCUCCUGCUCUCUCCCUUGAUCCCCGCAUUCUCUGCCUCUCUCCUUCCCUCGUCUCUUGACUCCUGCUCUGUGUCCUUCUGAUAAACUGGGUUGAACCGAGUGAACCUGAUAAUCCGUAGGCUGCUUUGUUAUUAAUAAUUAUAAUAAUCCAUCGGUCAUGCUUGUGCCCAUAUGGAGGUCAGUGUUGUGCUCUCUCUGGAUUUGUGCUCUGAUCCUGGAGUUUGGACACUGUCAAGGAGAUGCCGAAGAACCAAAGACGACCUCUGGGAAGAAGCCCAAGGCUCCUAAAGCUAAGCUAGGAAAGGAGACAAAGAAAGGCCCAAGGGCCGUCGUGGCUAAAGCUAAGGUCAAAGCUACGGCCCCAGCACAGACCCUACUAACACAGGUGCUGAAGAAGGGCCGGUUCCAGCGCGUGGGGGACACACUCACUGUGCGGGCCGGAGAUGCUCUGGAGCUCAGGUGUAAAGGCACACCUGUCCAGUGGAGCGUACCCCCCUAUCUGGAGGAGGAUAAUGAGGGGAGGCUAAGAACGGUCCAACACCAGAGAUACGGGAUGCUGUCUCUGGUCAACAGCACGGGGGCCGAUACAGGGGAGUACACCUGCUACCCCAUGUACUGCGAGGAGACUGACUGUAGGAAGGAGUACGACAAGGCCGUCAAAGUUUUCGUCUUCUUCGCUGAUCCACAGGAGCUGUUUGUGCCGUCGUCCAACUACUACGAGGUGAUCCAGCUCCGCACCAACUGGCCCACGCGGCUGCCCUGCCAGGUGACGUCCCCCGGGGCCGCGGUGUCCCUGCACCGGGAGUUCCCCCCGUCCGAGGUGCCGGUGGACGGGGCGGAGAUCACCUUCAGCACCCGGGGGGGCUUCACCAUCCACCGGCCGCGGCCCCAGCACGCCGGCUCUCUGUACUGCGUGGCCAGCUUGGGGAACCUCAGGCAGGCCUCCACCAAGUACAUGCUGAUCUACGUCAACUAUCCCAUGGCGGUGCCGGCCCCUGCGAUCGAGGCCUCGAGCAGCUCCCUGACGGCGGGGGACAACCUGAGGGUCAGCUGCACCGUGGUGGGGGAGACCGAGGUGGCCAUAGACUUCACCUGGGAGUACCCUGGACAGCAGAUCGGCAGGCCGUUGUACACCCAGGAGAUCAGGACCCCUUUGGCAGGGGGUCCAGGGGCCAGGCAGAAGAUCCAGUCCGUGCUGCUGGUGGACGAGGUGAGGGAGGUGGACCACGGGACGUACACCUGCACGGCGGAGAACCUACAGGGGGCCAAGUCCACCUCCACCACGGUUCAAGUGGCGGCCAAAGCUAAACUCAAGAAGAAACCUCAGUGAUGUAUCCUGGAGUGGAGGCUGAUGGGAGUGACGAGAAACAGAGAGGGAAGGGAGGAGAGUGAGAUGUUUAUAUAAGAGGGAGUAAGAGCGAUCAUUUUAUAGUAAACUGCACUGGCUAUAGUCACCUAAAGAGAUAGCCUACCUUUAUUAUAUAGCAACAAGUAUGCUCUGAUCGAUAUUUAGCUUGCAAAAAGUAAAGUGGUCCAUUGAAUGAAAAUCAUUUUAUAUAGCACAUGCCUGUUUUGUGUGUUAAACUUUUUCUACAAAAAUGCUUCUUGCGUUUUAUUUUCCUGGGUGUUUCUCAUUUUGUAUAUGGUAACUCAGAUUUGGCCUCAAAACCCCCACUUUUUGAUUAGGACACUAGAGGGCGAUGUAACCCAGUGAAGGCUCAGGUUUGCC